UCCCGCCAAUUUUUAAAUUUACAAAAAAUGUUUAAAUAUUGAAACAAAAAAUUUAAAAAAUUAAAAAUAAAUUUCUAAGAAAUUAAUACUAUUAAUUAUUUAUUUAAAAAAAUUUAAAAACUGAAGUAAAAAAAAAAUAAAAUAAUAAAAGUGAUGUAAGAUAAAAAUAUCAGAUGGCAGCAGGGUCGUUUGGUUGGACGAGGAAACGAUGACGACGUAUCAAUGGUUAAUGGCUGCUGCCCAGCACAGCACUAAAACCAGCAACUAAAUUCAUAUGAAGAAUAAAAUCCAUGAUUAAUGAUGCAAUCAAUUGUAUAAAACUUAUGAAAACAUGAUUAUCUAACGAUAAAAGCACUAAAACAAAACUAUACAACCGCGUAACAGUACGGCAUUAUUUAAAAACGUGUGUUACUUGGACAACGUAUAAGAAAUCAUCUACGAACGUAUAACCGUUCACAAUUAUCAAUCACCAUUGGAUACUGGCCCGAUGCGAGUAAUCAUCAACCACGGGACCUUAUCACUGGAUAAAUAUUGCACUAGGUGACAUGCCUAGCAGUCGCGACAUUGAACGCGCGGAUCGUAAUGGAAGAUUUAAAUCACGUCGACGUGACAGUGUUGGUAGUGAUAUAAAUCGACAUAGUUUUGAUAAUAAUGAAAAGAGACAUCGUAGACAUGGUAAAAGUGGCAGGAGUUCCGGUAAAAAAAAGAAAAAACGUUCGCGAGACAAAUCUUUAGACGGUGGAGUUCCGCGAAUCGCUUCAUCGGUUGUUAAGCCGCUUGUUGAGUACUCGGAUGUAAGUAGUGAAGAUUUGUCGGGGCCGGAAGCUGGUGAAAUACAGUCGGAAGAAAGUCGUGGUGGCAAUAGUUACACGGACGGUGAAUUGGGUGAACGUUUGUUGAGAGCUCGGUACUAUGGUAACAGCCCAAAACGACCGGUUGGAGGUGGAGCUGGAGCUGGAACUGAUCUCAGGGCAUCUCCGAUCAGCAUAUCGCCAUCACCCCCGAUGCAUCGCCAUCAGAGACAUUACUCACCGGUUGAAGAACCUCAGCAGCAGGUUGUACACGAGUCCCCGGAAUAUCCGGAGGAAACGCGCCGGUACUCGAGGAGAAAAGAGAAGAAGCAUAGACGAGAGAAAAAGAAGAAAAUAAGUCUUAGUCCUAGUAGCUCGAGUACCUCGAAGAAGAGGAAGAGAAAGUCGAAACGUGCGUCAAGAAGUCUCAGUCCAGAGAUUAUUGACGAAAGAGAUCAUGUUAUUAUUGAGGAGAGCCCGGUACAUGAUAAAAUAAUGGAAAAGUGGCCGGAGUCACCGCCUUUGCCUUUAAAAGACGACACAUCACCAAUAUCACCCGCGACACCUGUUAAAUAUUCACCUCAUCAGCAGAGGUCGCCCAGUGAUAUGGAUCUUGAGUCACCGCAACGUGACGAACACAACGUAACACCUCCGACAUCGAUGAUGAUGUCCAGACGAACUGAGUCUCCUCAUACUCCGCUGCUGCCACCGAGGCCUAUCUCUCCGGAGAAGGCUUACUCGAAGCAUAUGAGUCCUGAGGUAAUUAAAACAAGUCCUAAUGUACAUCGUACUCAUCACAAUGACAGUCCGCCGGCAACCAGCAGCGUUCGUAGGCGACACAGUCCCAGUCCUGCGUCGAGACGACGGGACCACAGUCCGCCGAGAAGACGAGAAUUCAGUCCAAGUCCUGUAAUACACAGAAUGCGACACUCUCCUAGUCCACGACGCCGUGAAUUUAGUCCCAGUCCUACUGGACAUCGUCGCGGUCGCGAUCCCCGGUCCUCGGGGUCACCCGCAAGCAAACGGAGGAGGCGCGAAGACAUGAUGAGACAUCGGCAUCAUGAGCGCGAGCGUAAAGAGAAGAGGAAGACAAGAGUAAUGAGAAGUCCUAUGAGUCGUGGGUUGCCUCAGACGAUGUCGCGUUCCCGAUCUCGCAGUCCCGGCAGGUGGAGGAAAUUGUCACGGUCACGGUCUAGGUCAAGACGACGUAGUCGUACUCCAAAGAGGUCUCGCUCGCCGGGAAAAUUGCAGCGUUCGGUAAGAAAACGGUCAAAGAGUCCUCGCAACAGAAUACCCUCGCCUACGCAGCAUCGCACACGCGCCAGAAGUCCCAUGAGUCUGAAGGCCAUAAAUUUACGCAGUCAGGCCAAAAUAAAUGAAACGACUUUGUUUGCUGAGAUGGUAAAGGACAGAAAUAUCAAGGAAUUGGCUUACAAAAAGUAUCAGGCAGCUAAAGAGAAGGAGGUAAACAGCCAGGACGACGUACAGAUAAUUGAAGGAACUGACGAGAAAGACGGCAGCAGCACGUCCUUCGACAGCAAAACUACAGACAAGUCCAACGGACGCGCGGAUUCUAAAUCUGUUGAAGUUGUUGAUAUUCCUGUGCCGAUUCCCGGGUCCGCUGAUACCACCACCGAAGCUCUAACUCCUCCACUUCCUACACCAGCUUCGGCACUUCAGGCUCCUCCGCCUAGUGUACAUAACUCACCUUUGCCUCCCAAUAAUGGUCCUUUGUUACCAGUUAACAAUGUCGUUAAUCCUCCAGUUAAAACUCCACCUCCUCCUCCGCCUCCACCACAACCGGAGUCCACUCACCCUGGUCAAGCCCAAAUUACCACGACAGUACCUGUUAUCACUGGAAAUUCACUUGCAACUCCAGCAGCAAGUCUCGCUGUUACAUCUCCAGCAGUCACCUCAUUGUCAUUGACAUCGACACCGACUCUGACACCAACGAUACCAUCAUCAGCAUCAACAUUACCACUGACACCAACAAAUGCCAUUGCGAAAUUCAAUACUCCCAAUAAUUUAGUACCUAUUAAAUCAAUAGAUCCUCCAAAGACACCGUUCAUUCAAUUUAAAACAGCAAAGUUAUCAAAACUUCCUUUACCACCUGGUAUAAAUCAAAAUGAUUUAGAGAGCAUUGAUUCCCCGCCAAGUAGAUCGCCAAGUCCCCAAAGAUCUUCUGUUAAAGUUGGCGCCACUCCGACAAAACCGGGGGUCAAGAAAAGUAUAACGGAGCUGCCGAUGCCGCCGGUUGUCCAGGGUACUGAUGACUACAGCGGCGAGGACGAUCCUAAUGCGACGCCACCACGAGGUAAACUGGACCGCGUUGCACCCAAGCCAAAGCUCAAGCGACCUAAAAUACUGAAGAAGAGAAAUUCUCGUAAUUGUCAUGUGCCAAUGUCUGCUUCGGGUGGGAAAGACUGGGGCGAGCGGUGCGUUGACGUCUUCGAAGUUAUUGCACAAAUUGGUGAGGGCACUUAUGGCCAGGUCUACAAGGCACAGGACAAACGCGCGGGGGUUCUUGUUGCGCUGAAAAAGGUCAGGCUGGAAAAUGAAAAAGAAGGAUUUCCAAUAACUGCUGUCAGGGAAAUUAAAAUUUUGAGACAGCUUAAUCAUAAAAAUAUUGUCAACCUCAGGGAAAUAGUCACGGACAAACAAGACGCUAAAGAUUUUAGAAAAGACAAGGGAUCAUUUUAUUUGGUCUUCGAGUACAUGGACCACGAUCUGAUGGGUCUGCUGGAGUCGGGAAUGGUUGAUUUCAAUGAAAUGAACAACGCCAGUAUAAUGAAGCAGCUGCUGGAUGGCCUCAAUUAUUGCCAUGGUAAAAAUUUUCUGCAUCGUGACAUCAAGUGCUCCAAUAUCUUGAUGAAUAAUCGCGGGGAAGUUAAAUUAGCAGACUUUGGUUUAGCUCGACUUUACAACGCAGAAGAUCGUCAGCGACCGUACACAAAUAAAGUGAUAACUCUGUGGUAUCGACCACCCGAGUUAUUACUUGGCGAAGAACGUUAUGGUCCCGCCAUAGAUGUCUGGAGUUGUGGUUGCAUACUCGGUGAAUUAUUCUGGAAGAAACCACUUUUUAAGGCAAACAUGGAAGUGAUGCAACUAGAAAUGAUUUCACGUGUUUGCGGUACACCAACGCCAGCAGUAUGGCCUUCUGUGAUAAAACUUCCACUAUGGCAUACUCUUAAAGUAAAAAAGACCCACCGUCGGCGGCUGAGAGAAGACUUUUCAUUUAUGCCGUCAACGGCACUCGAUCUCUUAGACAAAAUGUUAGAGUUGGAUCCAGAAAAACGUAUCACUGCUGCUGAUGCUCUUAAAAGUGCCUGGUUAAAGAAUGUUGAACCAGAGUGUAUGCCUAUUCCUGAGUUGCCUAAAUGGCAAGACUGUCAUGAACUUUGGAGUAAAAGACGACGUCGGCAGCUACAAGAACAAGAGAAUGCGGGAUCAUCAAAAAGACUUAAGUUAGAGGCAGGAUACAAUUCGCAGUCAAAUUUAGAAGGUUUAUUCGAGAGUUCUUUUGCUGUUUCGCCGUCUUAUUACUACAGUCCAGCCAAGCGAACUGGAGCUGGACCAGGAGUCAAAGAUACUUUUAAUCAUGAUACGGAGGAUAGUCUUGCCAGGAAAUUGAAUUCUCUAGCUGGUGCUCUGGGUCAAGGUAAACCCAUUCGUGUUGAUGACUUGAUGUCUCUCCGCGUUGACAAUCAGAGUGAUCCAAAAACUGUACAAUUGGUAUCAGAAUUGCAUACAGAAUUACGUCUGGUAGCAAAUGCACGACCAACUGGUCAACUAGAAGCACAUUUGCCAUUAUUAAUUCCUCCCGCAGAAAUUCAUUCAAAUCAAAAAGGUAAUUUUGAUGCCCAUGCAGUUUACGCUGGAGAUGAUGCUGUAAGUUUAGGGCGAUGGUCACAGCUUGCAACUGCUGGUAUUAAGACAGCAUUGUCUGCUCUUAUGUCACGUUACGCUAUGGAUAAUUAUAAAUCCCCGGUGACAAGCAUCCAGCAUUCAGGUAAAUUGACUGGAGCGUCACAGUCACAGGCUAUUUUUCCGCCACCCUCUUCGUCUACGCAAUCUGCAUUUGGUUCUUAAUAUUAUUUAUAAUAUAUUAUAUAUUUUUACGAAUAUUACGUCACUUAUAUAAAUUAUUGUCUAUGGAACAAAAAAAUAUAAGACAUUUAUAACGCGAAUUUUAUAAUUUUAUUUGUCUAGUACUUAAAUUAUUUAAUUACAAUGCACUAAUUUUUAAUAAACCAAUCUUGUAAUAUAA